AUGCAUCCGCCCUGGGAUAUUUCUAACAACAACAUUGAAACUUUGGACCAAGAACUUUUUGAACAAUUGCAGUAUCUAACAGAAAUAAACCUUAGUGACAAUCCGUGGUCGUGUGACUGCCGUCUGUCAUGGCUCCCUCGCUGGGCGGCUAAGAGUGGGAUUAGCGUUGUGCAGGCGGAUUUUACUGUGUGCGACCGGCCUUACGUGGCUUCUGGACAGCAGCUCUUCAAUGUCUCUUUCUCCAAAUUUCUGUGCGGAUCAGAUCUUAUCUAUUGUCCAACUAGUCCAUCACCUGACAAUGAAUCUGUGUUGAUCUUUGUAUCCAUCUCCUUGAUUCAUGCCAGUAAUGAGACAUGCAGCGCGCAAUGCUAUGCUGAACUCUACAACUUCUGGGCUCUAGACUCCAAGCAUGGCUGCCUAUGUGGUGACGUCGUGCCCUCUAAUGUCUCUCUUCGGUGUCGGGAGGUUUGUGACACUCCAUCUCUCCUGUUUGGCUGUGGUCUCACCAUCAUUCAGGAUGUCCUCAGGACAGAGUCAUUCAGCUCUCUGCAUGCAUCCAGUGACGUGCACCGACUCGGGGAAGCUGUGCACCUUCAGGUCGAGGCUCCGGUCCCUGUCACUCCUCUACUCUGGGAUUUGGGGAACCAGGUAUUCAGCACCAGCGAGGUGAGCAUCACUCACAGAUACGCCCAGCCAGGGGUGUACAAUGUGACGGUGACCCUGAAGUUUGGCAGCAGAGAUCUCCUCUUAAAUGAAGAACUGCGGGUGGUGGGUAUACCAGAAAAGGUAAAGCUCCUGUGCCCGUCCCUGGUCAGGACCAAUGAAACUGUGGAUGUCCGUGUGAUGGCUAUAGGAGGAACAGACGUGGAGGUUCAGUACACUGUAACGUCACAGGACGACAUGGCUGUGUCUCCUGUUUGUCCCCCGGGAAGUGUGGUGUACCCCAACAAUAACCAUUGUUACCAGUUGAUAUCAGAGAAGGCCGGUUGGUUCGAGGCUCAGAAGACCUGCCAGGAGUGGGGGAAUGGUGACAUGGCAGUUGUCAGCAGUUUGGAGUUGCAGAGUUUUUUGAAGGAUCAUGUUACCAGUGGUUUGGAGGUGUGGAUCGGAUUCAAUGACAGCCGGAGCUCCGAAUCCCUCCCCGCGGGGAAACGCUUCGAUCUGGAGAGCUGCCAGAAUUGGCUCCCCGGCCAGCCGGAGCCAUCGCAGGCUGAUCGCUGCGUGAGGAUGGGGCCGAAUGGCGUGUGUAACACCGACCUGUGCAGUGCCACGCACAAUUACGUCUGUGAAUACAAGCCACAGGCUGUUUCUCUGAACGCAGAAUACUUUGUGGUGGGAUCUUUGGUGUUUGACACGAAUUGGCCUCUUCAAAAUCUAACAAGAGUGGGGAGUGUUUCUUCUUCUAUUGGGGAGGUGGAGGUGCUGGUUUUCCCUAGUUUGCGGUUUUCACGAGAAGUGUACAUAUCGGCGCUGGAGUUUGUAACUGAGGAAGUGCUAGAGCCUGUGCAGAUGAGGUUCCAGGUGUAUAUGCAGAGCACAGAACACGACUGUCCAUCUCAAAGUACAAGCUCCCCACCUAGCAGCCUGCCAAUAAAGGAGAGUCUCCCCGAGUGUGAGGAAGAGCCGGAUUCCUCUAAUUACACCAACAGUACUGUACCCGUGGAAAGCGGCUGUUUCCCGUCCAGCGAAUCUAAAGACGCCACCUCCUCGUUGAUGGCCCCGUCCAACAAUAGCCUUCCGAUUUUUACCUUGUUAAAGGAGUAUCUCUUCACAAUCCCUCCUGGAAAUGCCACACAAUAUUUGGCAACGUUUGAAAAUGCAGGUGUUCAAAUGCUUCCCAAUUACCUUAUUGUUCUACAACAUGAUGCCCCCUACAAAAGGUUUCUACAUUGCCACUCCUCCAGGUCAUACCACGUUUUCUACCAAUCAGAUUGGGUUACCUGUAUUCCCAGGCACUUCCUGGGAGAAGCACUUAUCAACGGCACAUCUGAAAGCUGGUGGGGCCAACAAGAGCUAGAUGAUGGCGGGUUGUCAUGCUCGUUGAGAGUGGUUGGCACCUCAAAAGAAGUUGCUUCGGUUUUCAGCGAUCAGCUAAGCCCUAGUCUGUGGCAACCUGGGAAAUAUACAAUCACAGCAAACUUUACCAACCACUUGUACGAAGCUAUGCAGUAUUAUAGCUUCAGUGUGGUGUCACCGGUUUCUGGUCUGAGUGUCAUCUAUCCAACACCCCAAGACGAGGUCUACUACAUUCCCAGUGAUAAUCCCGUUGUGAUUCUCAAGAUUUUCUCUGGCUCUGACUCCACCGCUUUCUGGGCUGGCAGCAACCAGACUUGGAGCUUCAGUCGGACUUGUCCCCCUAAAAUUUCCGCUGUAUCCACAGAAUGUACCAUGGAUAAAGGAGACAUUUCAUACGCUGAGGUCAAUCUGCUCGGGCUAGGGAGAGGUGUUGUGGAAGUUCUAAUAACGGUACAAAACGAGAUAAGUUCACAAAAUAUAACGUUUUUAGUGAAGAUGGAGGACCCGAUCAGAGGACUGAGCACAAGUCCUUACCCUCAAGCCAGAGUGCUGCUCAACACUCGAGUGAACAAUGUCGCCUCUGUGGAAGCCGGAUCAGAUGUCAUAUUUAAAUGGACUGUGGACGACCGCUCAUCCUUUACAUAUUACAACACUGUCUUCAAUGUGAUCUAUCAGUCCGCCGCCAUCUACAAGCUCACACUGACUGCUUCAAACCAUGUUAGCAAUGCCUCUGUUAGUUACAAUGUGACUGUGGAAAAGAUGAACCCAAUGCGCGACCUUAAGAUCUCUGGCAUCCCAGCCAUCGUUACCCAGUAUGAUUCAUUACCGCUCUCUGCAAGCAUACUUAUUGAUUCUGCAGUAGACAUCAUAUUUCGAUGGACAUUUGGAGAUGGCACGCAGCUUGAUUAUAGUGCUCGGCCGCCCUAUAACCAGUCAUUUUCUGUUCCUGACCCAGCCAUACAUAUGGUACUUGUAGAGAAUAAUGUUACCCACACCUACCAUGAAACAGGUACCUAUAAUGUGUCACUGGUUGUGUUCAACAAGUACGAAAACAUGUCCAAACUGAUCUCUCUGCAAGUUCAGAGCAUCUUGACCAACAUAACUAUUGAAACUGAUGCUGAGGUAUUGGUCAGUGGCAGAAUGGUCCGUUUUCAAGCAGCAGCUGAACCCUCCUCAUUUGGCGUCAUCUACUCAUGGGACUUAGGUGAUGGUACCUACUACCAUAACAAUAGUGAACCAGUUGUGAAUCACACGUAUAAUAACACCGGAUCCUUCAAUGUCAGUAUAUCGGCCUUGAAUGACAUCAGUGAAAUAAGAGUCGUGAAGACUUUCUAUGUCUAUGAAGAAAUUACUGGUUUAGUUGUAGAAUCUGAUGAGCCCACCGAAAGAGGUUUGCAGACAUUCAUUAAUGCCUCUGUGAUGAGUGGAGAUGCUAUCAUAUGGAGAUUUGACAUGGGAGAUGGCUAUAUCCUAGAGGGUAAUGAACCUAUGGUAAACUAUACCUAUUCUAAAGAUGGCAACUAUACUGUUAAUGUUACUGCACGGAACCUGGUGAACUUCUUGUCGGAGAUCCUCCAAGUGCGGGUGUACGUCUUACAAAUUCUUAAGAUAGAGCCUUCCAUUUGCAUUUUAGAGAAUUCGAAUGUCACCCUGACCGCCCAUGUUACUGGAGACUACCAAACUUAUACCUUUAACUGGACUUUUGAUAAUGGUUCUUCAAUCAUCACUGUAUAUGGAGUCCCAUCUGUGCAAUAUGACUCUUCGAAGAGUGGAAUUUUCCCUCUUUCCCUCAUUCUUUCAAGCCAAGUCAACAAGGCUUACUACUAUACCAAUAUCUGUAUAGAACCUGAGAUUGUCAAUGUUACCUUAUUGCCUGCUCUACAGAAUGUAAGUUUAGGUAACGAGAGUCUGUUUAAUGUGAUUGUCUUCCCUCACUACCAGUACAGAUACAAUUGGGACUUUGGGACCAAUGGCUCAAAGUGUAACGGAGGAACGGAAGCUGGUUUCGUGUAUAAAGUCCCCGGUGUAUAUCAGGUCACGGUGUCCGUGUUCAACAAUGUAUCUUUUCACAAUGGGACGGCAAUUGUAGAUGUCCAAGAGCCCAUCGGAGCACUAACUAUUAAGCACAAUGGAAGCGAGGUUUUGGCACUAGAUGAAGUGUACUUAUUUGAAGCUUUGGGGGGUGGGACAAAAGUUGAACAUCAUUGGGAUUUUGGUGAUGGUUUUACAGACCAAAGACAAUCUGUAGGGCAUGCUUAUAAUAGAACCGGGACCUUUACCAUCAAUCUAUAUGGCUAUAAUAGCGUAAGUUGUAACAGAACCCAUUUGAAUGUCACAGUUAAGACGAAGAUUCAGGGACUGACCAUGAAUGCCACCAAAACAAUAGUGCCUUUAAAUGGCUCUGUGACCUUUUCAGCCUUUCUACAAGCAGGGGAUAAUGUUCGUUACUCAUGGAUAUUAUGUGAUCGAUGCUCAGCCAUAUUUUGCAAUUCUACGAUUUCCUAUACUUUUCGAUCUAUUGGAACUUUUAAUGUAAUAGUGACAGCUGAGAACGAACUCGGUUCCUUGCAGAAUAGUAUUAUUAUCUAUGUCUUGGAAAUAAUCGAAGGACUGCAAAUCAUCACAGGGGACUUGGUCAAUGAUUGCUGUUUCCCAACCAACAAAAGUCUGCCUCUCCAGGCCACGGUUAAGGAUGGGACAAAUAUCUCCUAUAGCUGGUUCAUUUUGAAAAAUGACAGCGUAGUUCAGACUGGUGUUGGGAGGACCUAUCAGUUCAUAAGUCUACAACCAGAAUCUUACACUAUUGUCUUAAAAGCUGUUAACAUGUUGGGAAAUGCAAGUGCCUCCAUGAGUGUAGUGUUUGUGGAAAGCCUUGGUCAAGUUCAGCUCAGUGCUCAUCCUAACCCAGUUGCAGUCAAUACCACAGUCAAUAUUAGCAUGAGUCUGAGUAGUGGUUCAGGAGUAAUGUACACUUGGCAUCUAGAGGAAAGUGUGGUGUGGUUCACCUAUGAAUCCUUUGUCCUUUACAAUUUCCUAAGCCCUAAUCCAAAAGAAGUGCUUGCUAUUGCGAACAACAGUUUAGGUUUAGUCAACUCAGCCAUCACCAUCUUUGUUCAAGAACCAGUUGAAGGUUUGAGCAUUACAAGCCUUGACCAUAAGAGUGAUUAUGUACCAACUGGAACUCGUGUGUACCUCUUUGGUAGUGUGCAACGUGGUACGAAUGUGUCAUGGAUUUGGAGUAUUGGGCAGCAGGAAGGAAGGUCAGCUAACGUAUUUUUUGAUAAAUCCGGUUUCUAUACUGUCAGUCUGAAUGCAUCCAAUGAUGUGAGCUGGGAAAUCACCUAUAAAAAUGUUACUGUCCAAGACAGAAUAUGUGGUUUGAAACUGCUGGUAAGUAAAAUGGUGGUGGAACCUGGUGAGAGAGUCACAUUUGAUGUCAUCAUGUCAGCUGGCACUGAUGUAACCUAUAAGUUGACCAUCAAUGGUGAUUUCUCCAUUUUACUUAACGGCACUAGUUACACCCAUAAUUUUACGAAAAUCGGUGGCUAUCCUGUGACUGUGGUUGCCCACAACCAAGUGAGUGAAGAACGGGACACUGUUAUGAUUUCUGUGCUUGAAGCAAUAGAGAAUCUAAAAAUUGUAAAUUGUUGUGAGAGGGCAUUGCCAGCCCGAAUUGAGAAAAGCUUCAGAGCGGAGGUCAGUAAUGGCUCUCUGGUUGCCUACACCUGGCAGUUUGACUUACAGGGUCAUCCACCAACCAGCUUGGCAGGUAGAAACGUAACCUAUACGCCAGUGGCUGCAGGUGUCCUUAGAGUCUACCUGAGCGCAUCUAAUGCUCUGGGAAGUCAAAACAUCUCCAAAGAAAUCAUAAUUCAAGAACUGAUUGUCAGCGUCACAUUGGUUCCUGUCAAAACGUUUGUCAACCGAAGUGCUACUUUUACUGCUGUUGUGGUACCCAGCUCCUCAGCUGUUCAAUUUGAGUGGACAUUUGGAGAUAAUGAAUAUACUUUGGAGACAAAUGUUUCCACUGCUAAACACACCUACCUAACCCCAGGAGACUUUAUGGUAAAAGUCAAUGCCUCCAACCAGAUCAGCUUUUGGAUUGCUGAAAUGACAAUAACCACCCGGAUUUUAGAGUGUGAGGAGCCAGAAGUCCAGCUGGAGUUGCCGACUCAAGUGAUCAUGCGGAGGUCUCAAAGGAAUUAUAUCGAGGCAGAGAUUAAUUUGCGAGGUUGCAUCAGCUAUCAAACAAAACACCUGUGGGAGAUUUAUAAAGCUUCCAGCUGCUUAAGCUAUCAUGAGUCAGACAAAGUCCACCUACUGAACGUGGAUAUGAGCAGACCCCAACUUGUUUUGCCGAAACUAGCACUUGCUAUUGGAAAGUACUGCUUUGUCUUCUCUGUCUCUUUUGGGGACACACCUCUCUCUAGAAGCAGCUUUGCCAAUGUGACUAUGAGUCCUAGCAGAUUGGUGCCCAUCAUUGAUGGUGGAACUUACCGGGUUUGGUCAAGUAGUCGGGAUCUCAUUUUGGAUGGAAAAAAGUCUUAUGACCCAAACCUAGAAGAAAAUGAGCAAACUCCACUGACCUAUAAAUGGUCUUGUACAACCUUAACAAAGAAUUUGGAGAAUACUGUUUGCAAUUCAGAAGUCAUGUCUGAGCUUGGUGAAGUGUCCAUCCAUAAGUCAAAGCUACACCCAGAUGUGGAAUACACAUUUUUUCUGACUGUCAGCAAGCCUGGAAGACACGCUGAGUCCACCAACCAAACGGUUUUAAUUAAAAAGGGCAAGGUUCCCAUUGUGUCUCUUAAGUGUGUCUCAUGUAAGGCGCAGUCUGUGUAUGAAGUGAGUGCCAGUUCCUAUGUUUACCUAGAAGGGUCCUGCACCAACUGUCACGAUGACUACAGGACUGGGAGGUGGACCGCUCAGAGCUUCAGAAACAAGACUUUAGUCCUCAAUUCCACCACUACCACCACCGGAGACCGGGAGAUGAACCUGGUGCUCAGGCAGGGAGUGUUAAAGGAUGGAGAGGGAUACACAUUCACUCUUCAUGUCAGUGAUCCCACAAUGGAAGAGGAGGGCUUGGCUUCCAUUGAUCUGCUCCCCAACAGUCCACCGCUUGGAGGAACCUGCAGAAUCUCUCCCAAUGAGACCAUUCAUGCUCUGACCACACUCGUCCACUUUAACUGCACAGGUUGGAGAGAUACAGAAGAUGAGGUGGGCCUAGUGUUUAUAUUGAGAGCUAAACGCUGCUGGGCCGGUCACUGUGAUGACUUCUGGGUGUACAAGGGGAGCCGGUCAGAGCACAGCACUUUCCUACCUGUUGGCUACAAUGAGACCAACUUCGUGGUGGAGCUUUCCAUACUAGUACAGGACCAGCAGGGAGCAACUGCGGUGGCCUUAAACCAGUCCCUGGUUAUUUCCAUGCCUAAGAUCCCAGAAGGCUUCCAAAGUCUUGGUCUUUGGUUGCACAACCUAACAGACAGCACCCUGCAGGGUUUGCUGAAACAGGGAGACCCCCAGUAUGUGGCUGAGUAUUCCUUGGCUCUCAUAACAGUUCUCAAUGAGUAUGAACAAGCUGCGAACAAAGAUGAAGAAAUCAGCAAGCAAAACUUGGGAAUUGUACGCAAUAAAAUCACAGAUGCCCUUAUAUCCUUAAAAAUCAACACUGUGGAUGACAUACGUCAGAUAGCUGCUGCAUUGGCGCAGUGCACGGUGGCCAGUAAGCAGCUGGCAUGUACAUCUUGUCAGCGGAAAACUCUGAGCAAGCUGGAAGCUAUGAUGUCCAUCCUUCAGAAUGAGACCACACAAGGAAUGAUGACUCCUACCACAAUUGCAGAUAAUAUUCUGAACAUCACGGGAGAUUUCAUCCAACUUGUAAAUACCAAAUCAUCAGUCCACAAAGGAGACAUGCUGUGUGGUGGCCUCAACAAUGUGACAGUAGCCUCUGAAGCUUACAAUCUGUCUUCCAGUCUCAUGAGGAUCAUGAUGAAGUCCAGGGUGCUGAAUGAGGAGCCCCUGACCGUACAAGGAGGAGAAAUUCUGGCCAGAGGCAAGCGCUCAAAUCCUCUUAACCUGCUUUGCUACAGUAACCGAACAGGCUGCCAGUUCUUUAUACCUCAGGGUUUUAAUAGCACCUUCCCAGAUUUAACUGACAUUAUCCAGGUCAUGAUCCAAGUGGACUCCAAUCCUUAUCCCUUUGGCUUCAUCAGCAACUACACCGUCUCCACCAAGGUAGCGUCUAUGGAAUUCCAGACCAGUAACGGCAGUCAAAUCCCGGUGGAGAGCCUGGAUUCUGAAAAGGCCAUCACAGUUAUCAUCGCCAAUAACACCGGUGUUAGCAAUAUCACAGCUGGCGUGGCUACGGUGGAGAGCCGGCGCUCCAUGAAGGUUGACAUUGAGGCAGAGAACAGUAAUGAGCUUGCAGGCCUUCACAUUCAGAUUACCUAUAAAGUCCUAGAUGAAUGGUAUUCCCACAUGGAACAGGAGCCGUACAUCUCCGCUUAUCUCCAUGAGACUGAUCAUCCAAACCAGUACAAUUACAGCGCCAUGAAGCAGAUCACGAUGGAUGCUAUGAAGGGAGAUGACCAUAAGCUGUACACGUUCUUCAUCGCUCCCACGGAAGGAAACCUGACCAGACACUAUUACCUAAACAUCACCAACCAUUACAUGUGGUCCUCCGUGGAAGUGAUGGUGGGAAUGUACACCUCCCUGUGUCAGUACUUCGAUGGUAAUGAGAUGAAAUGGAAGACGGAGGGAGUCAAACCCUUGGAGGACACCCGGUCUGACCAGGCUGUUUGUUUGACCCAGCAUCUUACCGCCUUCGGUGCCAGCCUCUUUGUCCCACCCCACUCUGUCAUCUUUAUCUACCCUGUAACCUCCUCCUCCUGGAAUCAAUUAUAUGUACUUCUGACCUGUGCCGUCUGCUUCGUCACCUACUCUGUAGCCACCAUUAUCGUCCACAAACUUGAUCUUCUGGAUGUCAGCAAGGCUGGGGUCAUACCGUUCUGCGGGAAGGCUGGUGUCUAUAAAUAUGAGGUCCUGGUGAAGACGGGAUGGGGGCGGGGAUCAGGUACCACAGCUCAUGUAGGUAUCAGCUUAUAUGGUGUGGAUAAUAAAAGUGGACACAGACAUCUGGAUGGUGAAAACACCUUCCACCGAAACAGCGUGGAUAUCUUCCAGAUUGCCACAGAGAAGAGCCUGGGGAACGUGUGGAAGAUCCGUCUGUGGCACGAUAACAAAGGGCUCAGUCCAUCUUGGUAUAUCCAGCACGUCAUCAUCCGAGACGUGCAGAGCAGCAAGAACUUCUUCUUCUUGGUCAAUGAUUGGCUGUCUGUAGGUCAGGAGGACAGUGGCCGGCGGGUGGAGAAGGAAAUCUUUGCUGCCAGUGAGACGGAGCUGAAGAGAUUCUCUCGGAUUUUCAUGGCAGAACUGCAGAGAGGCAUUUCGGAGAAACACGUCUGGCUAUCUAUGUGGGAUCGCCCUCCACGUAGCCGCUUCACCCGCGUCCAGAGAGCCACCUGCUGCGCGGUUCUCAUCUUCCUCUUCCUGUGUGCCAAUGUGGUUUGGUAUGGCGUUGUGGGAGACCGGAAUCAUGGGGAUGGUGCCGUGUCUCAGGUGGUUCCUUUCAGCGUGGACUCAGUGGCUGCAGGAUUGGUGACUAGCGUCUUAGUCUAUCCCAUCUACUUGUUCAUCCUCUUCCUGUUCAGGCGAGCUCGCAGCAAGACCUGUGUCAGGCCGUCUCUCACAUACUUUGAUCAGAACUCCUUGGAAAUCGAUAAUUACUUGGACAACAUGAUGAUGGAGAGUUCCUUCAUGACAUAUACAGGGAUAAAUGGAGAGGUAUUUUCUGACCAGACCAAGACCGAGAUAAUCGUGGAUGACACAAAGGGUUUCAUUCAGUGGAGUGCCAAUGAUGGUAUGCUCAGCUGGCCAGACCUACUAAGUGACCCGACCAUCAUGGGGAACAGCAUCCAGAAAUUGGAGAAGCACCGCAGCAGUCGAAACCUUGGGUUAGAUGGCAGCUCCCAUCCCAGUGAGGAGGACAGUGUGGUACUAGGCCCUCCCCCAUCCAUUCCACGCCAUUUCUUAGCAUCAGAUGGAGCCAGCAGCAUGUCUCUCCCCCUAGAGCUGCGGAGGAUCUCCCGUACCGAGACAGAUCUCUUGUCGGACCUAUCCAACCCUUUUGCUGAUAAAACAGAAACCAUAAUGCUGGAUAGGUUAAACGAAAAGGGCCAAGCGUUAACCGGACCUCCCAGGGAAGUCACCAAGUCCAUCAAGUCAAACAGGACGGUUAUCACAGAUGCCUUCCAGAGACGUGGCACUAUGUUACCCUCUUGGUGCACCCGGGUAGCUCACGUUCUCAGCUGCUUUCUCCUCCUCUGCUGUUUCGGAGUAUCUGUGUGGAUUGGAGUGGGCUUCACCUCCAGCGUAGGCCUUAUGUGGUUAAUAUCUGGAAUAUUCAGCUUCCUUUUCUCAUUCUUUGUCCUGGAGCCUUUGAAGGUGUUGGCAGAAGCUCUGUACUUUGCUUUGGUGGUGAAGCGUUUGCACCCCGAGGAGGAGGACACUCUUGUAGAGUCCCCACUGGUGGAGCACGUCUCUGAAAGAAUCACGAAGGUCCGGCCCCCGCAAGGCUUUGCUCUUUUCCAGGCCCGAGAGGAGGCUCGCAAGGUGAAACUGCUGCACAGGAUGCUAAAGAACCUGGUGGUGUACAUGCUCUUCUUUCUGGUAGUACUUCUGACAAACUAUGGUGAUGCUUCUGUGAACUCCAGCGCUUACCUGCUGCAACGCUCAGUCAGACAAGAGCUAGCCAGCCAGAGAUUCCUGCAGAUUAGGAGGUCCGAGGACUUUUGGGCCUGGGCAUCAGAUGUUUUGCUGCCAUAUCUGGGCAACAUCCAGAGGGGGAGCUACAGCAACUUGCUGGGAUCUGCUCGUUUACGCCAAAUCCGGCUGAAGAAAGCAUGCAGACAUGGAGCGUGUCCAAAGGAGAUCGAGGUCUUUGAUGAUGCCGGUUAUGAUGUCAGUUGGCUAAGCAGCUCAUUCGCCUCUUCCCAGACGUGGUUGCACUCUCCACCUGAUAAUACAGGGGCCUGGUACUGGGGUUACACGUCCUUCUAUGACAGCUCUGGGUAUAGUCAGCAGCUGGGAGCUAGUUUAGAAGAGAACGAGGCUAUCAUAGGGAAACUCCAACAAGAUCACUGGAUUGACAAUCUGACGAGAGCGCUGUUUGUUGAAUUCUCCCUGUACAGUCCCGGGGUUGACCUGUACUCUUCUGCUACGUUCCUUCUGGAGUUCCCCAUGGCGGGUAGAACUCUUCCAUCUGCUGAAAUCCGUGCCUUUCCGUUGCUGCGCCUAAGCAGCGGACCCCACCUCCUCCUAGUCAUGAUGGUCUUCCUGAUGAUGUUUGUGGUGUACUUUGUCCUCUCGGAGUGUCUGGUCAUAAGGAAGGAGGGACGCCAGUAUUUCACCCACUUGUGGAAUUACAUACAAUGGCUGAUGACAGUGUUGUCAGUGUGUACUGUGGUUGUGUACCUGAGUCGGGGCAGCCUGGCUGAUGAACAGUGGGACCGGUACCUGAAGAACAGAGCUGCAUUCCUGAGUCUCCACCAAGUGGCAUUCCUGAGCUCCACCUUCCACAGCUUGUCUGCCUCUGUCCUUUUUAUUCUCACUGUUAAGGCUGCUCAGCAGCUCAGAUUCAUCCGAGAGUGGUCCAUGUUUGGGAAGACACUGAGUCUGUCUAUGAGGGAGCUCUGUGCCGCGGCUGGAGCGGUGUUAGGACUGCUACUGGUAUACGCUCAACUUGGAUUUCUGCUUUUCUCCUCCUCCUGGGAGAGUUUUCACAGCUUCGGCUCCAGUGUUCUCUCCAUUUUCUCGGUGGCUCGUGGUGCUUUUAGUCUGAAAAUUCCUUUCCCGUAUUCAUCCUGCAUACACCGCCUUUACUUCGUGAGCUACCAGGUCUUGGAACUAUGGAUCCUAGUGAAGUUCUUUGCAGUCAUCUUGGUCAACAACUACCGUCAAGUUCGGCUCGACAUGUUCAGACCAGCAUUCGAGCUCCAAGAUUAUGAGAUGGUGGAGCUUUUUCUCCGGAGGUUACGGAUAUGGAUGGGUGUCAGUAAGGUGAAAGAGUUCCGUCACAAGGUGAGGUUCGAAGGUAUGGAGCCUCUUCCUUCUCGUGCCUCCAGCGAUACUAAGUCACUUAGAGGUUCCACUCCUAGUGCCGCUUCUGACACCUCCUCUUCCUCAUCCUUUUCCACUAUCUCCAGCCAACUGGACACUUUGAGCGCCAUGAGUACCAGGGAGAGAGCAGAGGUUGAUGCCAAUAUGCAGAGAUUGUUGCCUGUGCUGGAAACACUGUUGUCCCAGUUUGAUGUAGUAAACGGUGCCACAGAGGAGGUGUAUCAAAUUGAGCAAAGCCUAGAAGAAGUACGGGGAAGAGUGGCCAAAAGAAGAAAACAUGCAAAAGCUUCAACCCAAAAAAUAUUAUACACCACAGAAGUGAGUACAGGUCUCAACCGGAGCUUCACCACAACAAAGAGCAGAAGUUCUAAGUCAGAGCCCUACCCAAGAGUCAGCAAGAAUUCUCUAGCUCCACGGCCAUCCACAGUUUCUCAGGCACUAGAGAACAGUUCAGCAAGCAAAGGUAUUACGGUGGACAAGGUGGUGGCGGAAGAACCAGCACUCAUUCCUGUGCAGUUAUCACAUUCUUCUCAGACCAAACGGAGAAAGUCAGUGCGGGCCCACAACAGAGUUCACCCCAGCGUCAGUUAG